UUCCAAAACUCAUUCUUUUCCACCCCAUGCUGCUAAACUUGUAGGCUACACCAUGUCCGAGAAGAUCAAAGAUGCAGUGCUUGCCGAGGCGAAAAACACUCAAGCAGUUGCCCAUGAUGUGAUCAUGUCUGGCGCAUACCUGUACCCAUUCAAGGGAAUCAUCUACUUCGCAACCCAUAAAGACCUAUGGCGCCCUUUUAUCUCUCGUGCCGGCCGAACUAUCACGCUGGGAGUAGGCGUCACGACCGUCAUGUUCUUCUUCACGUACGUGCCGCAGAUGGCCAUCAUGGCCUUCACUAGUGGCCCAUUGGCUGCUAUUUCCGCAGCUAUCCUCGUUCUUGGCGAAAGUUCCGCCAUAACAAACGCCCUCUCACGCGCAUUCCUCGUCGAGGACGCCCUGAUCGACACCUUCGAUGGUACCCUAGUCGCGCGUGACCAGGAGCCACUCGUAGCACAAGGACGCCAGGUGAAACCGCGAUCGGGAGGGAAAGAUGCAGUGGCUAGACUGGGUAAGAUUUUCACUCGACCACUCGCGCGGCUGAACCCGCGGGCGUUGCUUCGAUCGUUGCUCUACCUCCCCCUGAACCUCAUUCCUGUAGUCGGGACGGUGUUGUAUAUCUUCAUGCAGGGAAAAAGAGCAGGACCAGUACUUCAUGCUAGAUAUUUCCAGCUUAAGGGCUGGGACUCUACUAUGCGAGAGGAGUGGGUGAAGAAGAACCAGGGCGCGUACACUGGACUUGGAAUUGCAGCCUUUGCUUUGGAAAUGAUACCAUUUGCCUCGAUCGCAUUUUCAUUCACGAACACUGUUGGCGCGGCUCUCUGGGCUGCGGAUUUGGAGAAGGCAACCAAGUAGCCAGUUGACUAUCUGCAGCAAACCCAACUAAUCGUGAAACAUGUCAAGCCCAGAGGCUGGACUCAGUUGUGGGGCUCUUUAUUUAAACUACGUGAAAGAUAAAAUCAAGUUAUUGUUUGAGUACUAUAUUUCUUAAGGCUGUGAAACGGAAGGUGAUAAACUUUGUUUCAUCCACGGUUGUUCCAAAGCUUGGCAUAGCUUUAUCUGGAGAUCAUUGUCAUCUAUGCAAGA